AACCGCGCCGCGUGUAAUAAUUUGAUGUCAACACGUAUCGCCUAAAGAAGCAUCAAAUAUAAUUUUUUUUUCUUAUAAGUUUAGUGCAUAAUUUAAUUUAAAGUUAUUUAUCACUUAUAAUUUGAAUCAUGACCUCAGGUAAUGUGAUUCAAGAUGUCGAUACCGGCCACUCCGAUAUGAUACAUGAUGCACAGAUGGAUUAUUAUGGCAUUCGCCUGGCUACAUGUUCUUCUGAUAAAACUGUAAAAAUUUUUGAUGUUCGUAAUGGAGCUCAGAAACAGGUGGCUACUUUGAAGGGGCAUGAAGCACCGGUUUGGCAAGUUGCAUGGGCUCAUCCAAUGUUUGGAGUUAUUUUAGCUUCUUGUUCUUAUGAUAGAAAAGUUAUCAUCUGGAAAGAGACGGAUGGUAAUUGGGAAAAUAUAUAUGAAUACAAUAAGCAUGAUUCUUCAGUGAAUUCUCUGUGUUGGGCUCCAUAUGAAUAUGGUCUUAUACUAGCUUGUGGUAGUUCUGAUGGAUCUGUAUCUGUUUUGGCUAGUACUGGUGGUGGUCGCUGGGAUACAAAAAAGAUACAUAAUGCUCAUACAAUUGGAUGCAAUGCAGUAAGCUGGGCACCUGUGAAUGCUCAAUUAGUUUAUUCUGGAAAUGUAGAGUACACAGGAUCUAAUGCAAAUUUGGCUACAGCAAGCUCUACAAAGCGUUUUGUAACUGGUGGAUGCGAUAAUCUUGUGAAGAUUUGGAAAUAUUCAGAUAAAGACGACACAUGGACAGAAGAAGAGAAAUUAGAAGCACAUUCUAAUUGGGUUAGAGAUGUUGCAUGGGCACCAUCUGCACAUUUUGGGCAAAGUGUUAUUGCUAGUUGUUCACAGGAUAAAAGAGUUAUGAUAUGGACUAAAACUAAGGAAACACUGUGGACUCCAAAAGUUCUUCACACAUUUGAUGAUGUUGUGUGGCAUGUUAGUUGGUCUGUUACUGGAAAUGUUUUAGCUGUGUCUGGAGGUGAUAAUAAGGUUACUUUAUGGAAAGCAGUAAAUGAUCAUCAAUGGGUCCGUCUAAAUGAUGUAAAUAAAGGUUCUGAAGAAAGGAAGAGCUAAUCAUUCAUUUAGAAGUAUUCCAAAGAAAUUAUUUUUCAACUGUAUGAAAUGUUACAUUU